AUGAAGGUGUACACCAAGACCGGCGACAAGGGUACGUCGCAACUCUUCUCGGGCGAGCGCCGGCCCAAGGACGAUGCUGUAUUCAUGGCACUCGGCGACACGGACGAGCUCAACGCGCAGAUCGGUGUCGCCUUGACGCACUUCCAGAACCUGCAGCUCAAGACGACGCUCGUACCCGGCCUUGAGUUUGCCUCGCGCCUCGAAGACAUCCAGUCGCGCCUCUUUGACGUGGGCGCGAGCGUGGCCACGCCACUGAGCUCAGCAGGCCAAAGCAAGAUCCGCCGCGCCCAGUUCGACCCGAUCAACGUCACGCUCCUCGAAAACUGGAUCGACGAAAUGGACGAGCAUCUGGAGCCGCUGCGUAACUUUAUUCUGCCGAGCGGCGGUGGCUUGACGUCGUGCCAUUUGCACGUGGCGCGGGCGGCGUGCCGUCGGGCUGAGCGCCGUGUCGUCUCGAUUGGUGCCGACGAUACGGACCCGGCCGUUGUGCAAUACCUCAACCGCCUCAGCGACUUUCUUUUGUCUCGGCGCGCUUUGUCGCGCACCUCGAAGGCAGAACCGAGACGAUUUGGAAGAAGCAGCUCGUGUCAAGCGAGCCGACCAAGACGACCGAGUAG